CGAAAAAAAUUAAUUUCUGUGAUUAGUGAUUCAGAUAAGUGAACAGGCCGGUUAAAAAAAAGAAAACCAAUAAAGACUCCCGGGAAUCACAAAAUCAGAAUCAAAUUCUCAUCAAAAUCAUCCCAAAACCCAUCAAAGCAAUCAUUUAAUUCGAUCAAAAACUAAAACAAACCCCGAAAUGGACCACAACGACUCAACACAAACAAUGAGCGAUCAUGAGAAGGAGGUUAACGAUUGGAUUCGUUUUGGUUUAAGACUAGGAGUCAGUGCAGCCCUUCAUCCACUCGAAUAUUCCAAAGUCCUAAUACAACUAGGCUAUGAACCCAUUGCUCCUCGACCAGGAACCUCAAUUCUCGGCAAACCCAUCAUGUUCCUGCCGAAUAUAUUUCAAUAUGCGGGUUACAUAAGACAAAUGGAUGGCUUCUUUGGUAUGUACCGCGGUUUGACACCAAAACUGGUCGGUUCCAUCGUGGGGAUGCUGUGCAGUGAGCGGAUCGCUGACAAACUAGGUCUCCCGGCUGAGAAGAACGAUGAAUCCAUAUCGGAUCUUACUGUGGACACAAAAUGGCAAGAAGGAAUCGUCUCCGAUGAGGAACUGUACAUUCAAUUCAAGACAGCUCUGAAGCGAGAUGUGGUCCUUAGUGUCAGUGGGCUGAUAGUGUCCCAUCCAUUCCAUGUGAUUUCGGUGCGAAUGAUGGCCCAGUUCAUCGGAAAGGAGUCUCUGUACAAAUCGAUUUUCGGUUCGAUCAAAGAGAUCUUCCGCAACGAUGGUAUCUUUGGCUUUUUCUCAGGAAUCGUGCCGAAAUUGCUGUGUGAUGUAGCGUGUCUGGUGUUGACCAGUUCCACCGUCUAUAUGGUGAGCAAGUAUCUGGUUAAAGAUAAAAUGUCGAGGACAUAUUGCGCUGGUGGAACUCAGUUCAUCUUCGCGAGCAUCUUGUAUCCUCUGCAAGUCGUGUCCACCUGCAUGGUUGUCACAGGAUCAAGACUUAUGGCUGGACGUCCCCCAGUUAUGCCGGAGUACGACGGCUGGAGGGAUUGCUGGAAUGAUUUACAGACUCGUGGUGAGCUAAAACGUGGAAGCUCAGUGUUUUGGAGAUACGUCAAUCAACCUGUUUCAAAACGUCCGGGCAACAACAUGGCUCCACUGCCUAUCCUAUCAAAAUAUUACUGAUUGAUAAAUAACAACGUGUUGCAUUUAUGAAAUUGUUGAUUGAAUAGUUGCAUUUGCAAAAUGAGCGCCAACUAUUUGAUAAUUUAUUAUUAUUUUAUUUUUUGGUUUUCCUUACAACAAAAAAAACUUUACUCCCAGAAAAGCAUUUGGUCAGUUCUCGCUGUUCCAUCCCAGACGAACAAAAGGGAGCAACAUUCGAUUGACUUUGUUCUUUUAUUUUCUUUAUCACUGAGCAAAGGCAUUUAGCCGUUUACUCGCUCGCGUUUGUCUCGUUAAAUAAAAUGUAAAGAAAAUUGA